AUGAUUCAUCCACCCAAAGUCUACGUCUUGGAUCCCUACCACCCGGACGCAAUUUCCAAGCUCCUGUCCAUACAGAGCUUCACGAGCAUCCUGCCAGACAACCCAGCCAAGCAUAAUUGGAAGGAAGAUGCAACGGCCGUGGUAAUACGCGCCGAUUCACGCAUAUCCCAAUCCGAUAUUGCCACAGCCAAAGCCUUGAAAUACAUCCUCAAACAAGGCGUUGGCGUCGACAACAUCGAUCUCGAUGCCGCGAAGCAGCACGGCGUGCAAGUCUUCAAUACCCCCGCGCUAAAUAGUGAAGCCGUUGCCGAGCUGACGCUCGCAAUGGCUCUGUCGCUAUCCCGGCGCGUCACAGAGCUAGACCGUCGGAUCCGUGCCGGUGAAAAGGUUGUCAGGUCGCAGGCAUUGGGGAAGAGCUUGUUCAAAAAGAGUAUUGGAAUUGUGGGAAUGGGCAAUAUUGGACGGGCGGUUGCGAGGAAGUGGGUAGGUGCAAUGGAGGGGAGUAUCAUUACUUAUGACCCCCAUGCCCCGAAAGAUGCCUGGAAGAGUAGUGGAAAUGGUGGCAGUGGUUAUGAGGCGAUUCCACAUACACGAGUGCAUAGACUUGAGGACUUAUUAGCCGUUUCGGACGUUGUGUCAAUACAUGUUCCGCUGACAAACUCGACACGAGGAAUGAUUGCGUCCGCCCAGUUCAAGGUGAUGAAAAGGGAUUCGAUAUUGCUGAAUUGUGCUCGAGGAGGCAUUGUCGAUGAGAAGACUCUGCUGAAAGCUUUGAAGGAUGGUGAAAUAUGGGGCGCUGCGCUAGAUGUGAUGGAGGUUGAGCCGCCGACGCUGGAGGCCUAUGGAGAAGGGCUGCUGAGCUGUCACAACCUCAUCAUGACACCCCAUGUGGGCGCUAGUACUAUUGAAAAUCAGAGUGCAAGUGGUCUGGCUGUAGUGGAUACGUUGGUUAAAGUCUUGCAAGGGGAGGAGGUCAGCAAUCGACUGGUUUAG